AUGAGCUAACGAUCUUGUCCUACGAAGGGCACUUGACGGAAAGACUUAUACGUAGAACGGAGAAUAAGACUGACAAUAAAAUGGAAUUCCUAGAUCAUGCUUACACGAGCACCACUUAUGAUCACGUCAACCCGUCGGAAUUCACCUUUAAAAUGAAUUCAAAGGAAACUGAAGAGUUUGUGAAACUGAGAGUUUCAAAUAAAUACCUCUUCUCUGGAAAAAGGAACAGUUCCAUGUGGGCUUGGAGGGCCAUCCUUAAGCACAUGAACCUGCAUCAUAAAAUGACCCACAGUCAAGCAUCCAAAAAAUGGGAGAACUUGAAAAAGAAAUACAAGGUCCUAAAGAACCCUCCUGAUGGGGUCAAAGUGUUCCCUGAUAGUUGGCCUUAUUUCAAACUGAUGGAUGAUGCCAUGCUGGGUCGACUGGAAGGCAGUGCCCCCAUCCUCAAGUCCUUCCCUUUUGACAAAAACAAUGUUUUAUCAAAACCCCAGAAGAGGAAGCUUCCAGUGCCUCCAAACUUCUCUACAGCGAGUUUUGCAUGCGAGUCGGAGAUUGAGGUUUCCCUGAAUGGAGAUGAUGAUGGCGGGGAGGACGCUGUGCACGAGGGGAGCCAGGAAAUAGAUCGCCUGAUUCAAGAGGUGGACAAUGAGAGGGACAUGAUGGACAACGAGAGGCUGGUGAUGGAAAGGGAGAAACAGGUGAUGGAGAGGGAGCGGAUGGUGCUGCAGAGAGAGAGGGCCGUGCUGGAUCGGGAGAUCGCUGCUCUCGACCGUGACCGAGCCUCGCUGGACAGAGAGAGAGCGACGUUAGAGAGGGAGAAAGUGGUGCUGGAGAGAGAGAAGGCGUUGGUGGAGAGGGACAGGGACGCUGUGAGCCGGGACAAGCUGGCUCUGGAGCGAGAGAAAGCCAGAUUUGAGAGACUUUUUGCACACAAAGGGAGGACUGAGGAGGAGAGUACAGAGGACAGCAGCGCAGUAAAAGACUCGGAAGACAUGGGCAGGAAGGAGAGGUUCCUCAACUUGUUUGAGAAACUCAUAGAAAACUUUUGAUUCAUGUUUUCAGGGAAAAUUAAAGUGUUCUUGCACAAAACCUUCCUGCAUCAACUGAAUAAAAACACGCUACAGACUUCACCUUCAAGUUGUCAAUGAAAACGUUGAGCCACUCCUUGUUGGAGAGGUCUUCAAAACAACUUUAUUCACUUGUGGUUAUUCCAUACAGAGCACACAAUGGCAAGCUACUGUCAUUAAUCUUUACCCAUGAACAAAAUCAACAACCCCCCUCCCAAAUAAAACAUUAGUCUUCAUUUGAUCUACACAUUAGUCUUUGGUUUUGCCUCAUACGCACCUUUAAAACAUCACUUUUUGAAAUCUUACCUACCAAAUAUUGCAGUUCAUGUAAAAAAAUCUAGAAUAUAUAUUUUUAUCUUACAGUACAGACUUUACAACAAGUGAAUGUGUUUAAAUGCGUCUUUUAUUGCAUUAGAUACUCAAAUUUGCCUCUCAUUAAGCUCCAGCUUCAAUAGGUUUGCUAGUAUACAGUUCCAAAAAUGUUAGAUUUGUCAUUAAUAUUAAUAUUAUUUUUACAAAACAAACAUAUUUAAAAAAUAUUACUGGUUAUUUUUUGCCAGUUGCGAACAGACACUGAACAGAAACAUACAUGUGAGGGUUUUUAAUAAACAGAUGAAAUCUCC